AUGGGGAUGGGGCUCGGCGGUAUUGCAGAUGGAAUGGGUACUAUGACGGAGGCUGUGCACAUAAAUCUACUGGCUCAGCAAAUCAAGUUGUCAGCUUGUAAUGGCCAGCCAGUGAGGAUGCUGUCGUUGUGGCUGAGUGUGUUUCUGCCGGCCCUCUCCGUGGCUCAGAGGUCAGAGCCCAUGUUCUCUGCUGUGACCCAGACGGUCCUGCCUCCCGACUACGAAAACAACCCCACCCAGUUAAACUAUGGUGUGGCCGUCACCGACGUGGACGGAGAUGGAGACCUGGAGAUUUUUGUGGCAGGCUACAACGGCCCUAAUCUGGUGCUGAAGUACGACGGGCAGAGGAAGAGGCUCGUCAACAUCGCCGCAGACAACCGAAGCUCUCCGUUUUACGCCCUGCGAGACCGUCAGGGCAACGCCAUCGGCGUGACAGCUUGUGACAUCGACGGAGACGGUCGGGAGGAGAUCUACGUCCUCAACACGAACAACGCUUUCUCUGGUCGAGCGACGUAUUCCGACAAGCUGUUUAAGUUCCGUAAUGGACGCUAUGAAGAUUUGCUGAGCGAUGAGAUUAAUGAGAGCAGAGAUGUAGCCAACCGUAUGGCUGGCCGCUCCGUGGCCUGCGUGGACAGGAAGGGCACGGGCCGCUAUGCCAUCUACAUAGCGAAUUACGCCAGCGGCAACGUAGGUCCCCACGCCCUCAUAGAGAUGGAUGAGGCCGCCAGCGACCCCUCCCAAGGCAUUGUCGCCCUGUCCAAUGUGGCGGAGCAGGCCGGAGUCAACAAGUUGACUGGAGGGAGAGGUGUGGUGGUGGGGCCCAUCGUGAGUCAGACCCUGUCAGACGUCUUUUGCGACAACGAGUAUGGACCAAACUUCCUGUUUAGGAACAACGGGGACGGGACGUUCAGCGAUGUGGCACAGCAGGCUGGUGUGGAGGACCCCAUGCAGCACGGCAGGGGCGUGGCGCUGGCGGACUUCAACCGCGACGGCAGAACGGACAUCGUGUACGGCAACUGGAACGGGCCACACCGUCUGUACAUACAAAUGAACAACCGCAAACACAAGUUCAAGGACAUAGCCUCUCAGAAGUUCUCCACGCCGUCCCCGGUACGCACCGUCAUUGCUGCAGACUUUGACAAUGACAAUGAACUGGAGGUCUUUUUCAAUAACAUCGCCUACAGGGGCUCCUCUGCCAAUAGGCUGUUUCGGGUGACCAGGAGGGAGCACGGAGAUCCCCAGAUAGAGGAGCUGAACGUCGGGGAGGCAGCGGAGCCAGAGGGACGAGGAACGGGAGCCGUUGCAACCGAUUUUGAUGGCGACGGCCGUCUGGAUCUGCUGGUGUCGCAUGGCGAGAGUGCAGCACAGCCCGUCUCCGUCUACAGAGUCAACCAGGGCACCGCCAACUCCUGGCUACGUGUGAUACCUCGAACCCAGUUCGGGGCCUUCGCCAGAGGGGCCAAGGUGGUGGUGUACACCCAGAGGAGCGGCCCACAUACGCGCAUCAUCGACAGCGGCUCCGGGUACCUGUGUGAAAUGGAGCCCGUCGCUCACUUCGGUCUCGGUACGGAUGUAGCCACCAAGGUGGAGGUGUACUGGCCAGAUGGCCGCUCGGUGGCCAGACCGCUAGAGCUGUCGGAGAUGAACUCGGUGUUGGAGAUCUCCUACCCCAGAGACGAGGAGGAGGAGGAGGCUACGCCUACUGUGGAGAUUGAGUGCGGCCUCGGGUUCGCAAUGAACGAGAACGGCCGGUGCACCGAUCAAAACGAGUGCACCCAGUUUCCAUCUGUCUGCCCCCCCGAUCGUCCCAUCUGCACCAACACCUACGGCGGCUUCAAGUGUCGCACCAACAGGAGAUGCAACCAGGGCUUCGAGCCCAACGACGACGGGUCGGCGUGCGUGGCUCAGGUGGCUUACUUUGGGGGGACACGGUCGUCGGGGGUCCGGCGGUGGUCUGGCCGUUCUCUCUGGCCCCUCUCUUUCUGUGUGCUACCUCUCGUCUCGGCCCACCUCCAGACUGGACCACUGUAG